AUGAGGAGCGAGAUCGAGAGGAUGGAGAGAAUCUUCCGUGGAGUCGAUCAGCUCAGCAGCCACACGCGGGCCCCGGGCAGCCACGGAGACGCACUGCUGCAGCAGCCGGCCGUGAGCAGUGGGUUCCAGAUUGAAGAUCCACAGGAGCAGGGAGGCGGGUUUGUCGCGUCCCUGGACGUGCAGGACUUCUCCCCACAGGACCUGGCCGUGAAGGUGUCUGGAGACAAGCUGGUGGUGGCCGGACGGCGCGAGGUGAAGAGCGGAGAAGUCAGCAGCGGCAGCUACAGCCACAGCUGCCAGGAGUUCCACAGGGAGACGCAGCUGCCCAGGGACGUGGACCCGCAGAGCGUGAGCUGCUGCUUGACUGAAGACGGGAAGCUGAAGUUCAAGGCUCAGCGCCGCGCCCUCCCUGCAGCGGCCGAGAGGGUGGUGGUCAUUGAGCAGCCAGCGACAGCGACUCCUGGCACGGCCUCUCAGUCCACUGGCACCACUCACGCGUAG